AUGAACAGUCUACGAAAGAUAAUACCACAAUGCUCUAAACAAGCAUUUCCAUGGAAAAGGUUCUAUUCAAAUUCAAAAGAUUUAUCAAAAGACGAAAACAAGAUUUUGUACGAAAAACUUUUAAAUAAAAACUAUAAUAAUGAAAAACACACGGAAGCGAGCUCUUUUACCAAAUGGUUAACACCUCAUUAUAAAUUUGGACCUCCACGCAUCAUGAAUUAUGAUUGGUCAAUAAAAAGCAUUCAUUCUUGGUACAAGCGCAAAAGAGUUGAAUUUCACAAGUACAAUCAACGUUAUGUUACUGAACGAGUAAAAUCACUUGGAAGUGAUAUAGCUGUAGCACAUUUUAUUGUUUAUCGAGGCGGUGCUAUCAGAUUUCGAGGGCAAGAGGACUUUAUCAGAUGGAAUAAUAAAAAAGAAGAGUACCAUGUCAAUUUACCACUAACUUACGACCCAAAUUAUUUUGUUGAAGCUAUUGACGCACCAGACCUAAUGUUUUAUUAUGAAGGAUUAGAAAACUUUAAAAAUUUAUUCAAAUUGAAAUGGCUAUGUAUAAGAAAUAAUCCAGUUCUGGACAAUUGGUGCCUGGAUUACAUAGGGCAUGCAAUACCUAGCUUGGAAUAUUUGGAUAUUUCCAAUUGUCCUCAAGUAACAGCAGGUGGUAUAGCUGCUCUACAAAAGCUAACUAAACUCAAAACAUUAGUGAUAAAUAACAAUAAUAUAGAAGUCCAAAUGGCAUGCUUUGCGUUGGAAGAUAUAAUUCCUGGGUUAUUUGUCGUCAUUCAAGAGAGCAAUGAUGUUAAAUUACAAACAAAAAAAGAAAAUCUAGAUGUUAAUGAAGUAUAG